ACGUUGGCCGCCGGAUGAGGCUCUUAUCUGGAUUAAUCUGGUUGCUCCAGCUGACCGAACGUUUGGGAUGAUGAAGAGGAGGAGGCACGCGGCAGAUGGAGGGAGGACGCCCGGAGCUCCAUGAGCGGAGGAUGUGACGGAAGGUGGAGGGAUGGAGACGGCCGCCAGCUACGGAGAUGCGCUCAACUUCUCCACCAAUGACACCAACAACAGCUCCGGCUCCGGGGCGGAGGAGCGGGGCUCCAGCCUCCCCUUCCAGGCGGCUCUGGCCGCGGCUCUGGCUCUCAUCACCUUCGCCACCACGCUCUCCAACGCCUUCGUCAUCGCCACCAUCUACCAGUCCCGGAAACUUCACACCCCGGCCAACUUCCUGAUCGCGUCGCUCGCGCUCACGGACCUGCUGGUGUCCAUCCUGGUGAUGCCCAUCAGCGCGCUCUACACCGUCCUGCAGACCUGGACGCUGGGCCAGGUGCUGUGCGACAUCUGGCUGUCCUCGGACAUCACGUGCUGCACCGCCUCCAUCCUCCACCUGUGCGUCAUUGCGCUGGACCGCUACUGGGCCAUCACGGACGCGGUGGAGUACUCCAAGAAGCGCACGCCGGGGCGCGCGGCCGGGAUGAUCGUCACCGCCUGGGUCAUCGCCAUCUCCAUCUCGCUGCCGCCCUUCUUCUGGCGCCAGGUGAAGGCGGAGGAGGUGACGAGCUGCAACGUGAACACGGACCACAUCUUCUACACCAUCUACUCCACCUUCGGCGCCUUCUACAUCCCCACGCUGCUGCUCAUCUGCCUCUACGGCCGGAUCUACGUGGAGGCGCGGAAGCGCAUCCUGAAGCAGGCGCACAACAAGCCGGGGAAACGGCUGACCUCUGCGCGCCUGAUCACCAACUCCCCCGGCUCCGUGGCCUCCACCACCUCCCUGAACUACGGGACGAACGACGCCUCCUCCUGUGACACUACCUCCUCCUGCCCGAACGUGAGCCAAGUCAAAGUCACUGUGUCCGACGCGCUGCUGGAGAAGAAGCGCAUCUCUGCGGCCAGAGAGAGGAAGGCCACCAAGACUCUGGGAAUAAUCCUGGGAGCCUACAUCAUCUGCUGGCUGCCCUUCUUCAUCUACACCCUCCUAGUGCCUCUCUGCGACUCCUGCUUCCACCCGGGCCUCUUUGACAUCUUCACCUGGCUCGGUUACCUCAACUCUCUGAUCAACCCCAUCAUCUACACCAUGUCCAACGAGGACUUCAAGCAGGCUUUCCACAAACUCAUGAUGCGCUUUAGGUGCUGCAGGGCGUGAGCCGUGAUGGAUGACGCUGGGAUCCAGACGUGGAAAGGAAAUAGGAUGAAAAAAUGGCCAUUAUGGGAAUGUCCCCAAGUGACGUAAAAGCUUCAUUUAUGUUCCUGAAGUUUGAUUUAUGACCUCAGCGGGAAAGAGCAGGACGCCUGUGAUGGAGUUUGGCUUUUACGGGCCUCUAUAAUGUGGCUUCUUAGGUGUCAAAAGGCAGAAAAUGAAUCCCAGCCAUCCGUCAUCUUUAUGCUGCACAAAAAAACACCCAAGAUGUCCAAUAAUCAGUCAUAUUUAAUAGAUCAGAACAUGAUUCUUUUAUUUCAGGAGCUCCAUCACCCACAAAUACAUCAAAGACUGUAUUUUACAGUCUUAAUAUUUUAAAGCCUUUAUUUUGUUGAAUAUAAUGAUUUUUUUUUGCCUGUUAAAGGUUCAUCAACUUCCAUAUUUAAGCAAAUGGUUACGACUGCAGCCAGAAAAAUGACCUAAAAAUGAGAUUUUCUGCAGAUUUUGGAACAGCUUAAGUUACCGGUUCAAUGCAGGGGCUCUGAGGGACCCAACAGUGCAGGAUGCACCCCCCCAUCUGGGUCCCAUGGAUGCACAUUUAUAACACAGUUAUUUUACAUUCCCCUCUUCUGUCGUGAAAAGCACCUCCCCCUAAAUCUGCAGCAACUCUGCAGACCUCUUCUCUAAGCUCCUCCAACCAGAACAGAACAGAAAAUUGUUUUUUUUUCUAUAAUUUAAUGAUAAAUGAUGGAAAGCGGUGCAUCUGUAGUGGCGUUUGGAGUCGACAGAGAAAGUGGAUCUGUUCUCGUUAAUCUACAUAGCAGCGUAGUUUCUACGUCGGCCUCUCAGACCUGAACGGAGCAGAAACGGAGCAUGUGGAGUCCAGGGGUUAAAGGUUUCCAGCCAUUAUUCAUCUAAGUGUUGCUGGAACUGGUCCCACAUUAGCUCUUAGGACACAGAAAUACAUUGAAACAUUAUUUCAAAAAUAUGGCAUUUCGGAAAAAACGCAGUUAUAACCCAAAGCAACACGGCGUUCAGUCAGACCAGCAUACCCAUAGUCAAUAGAUAUGCACAAGACUUCAUUCAAUUCAAUUUAUCUUUAUUGUCAUUGUCACAAGAAUAACGAAAUUUUAAAAAAGUGCCAAUCGAUCGAUCAGUGCAUAUGCUUUAAAAACAAAAACAAAAAUCACUGUCACCCCCAUUUACACCUAAUUUAAGAAAUAAAUAACAAUAACUGAUAAAAACAACUAAUAAGAAUAGCACAUUCUCACACACAUCAUCCAUGAUGAUUAUUUUUGGUUGCAUUUAGUAAAAACUGUCUCUAAGGCGGUUGGUUCUUGGUUUGAUUGCUCUGUAUCGUCUGCCUGAAGGCAUAUUUGUGUUUUUCCCUUUAGUUUUGUAUGAAAAAUAAACUUUAAACUACCUCAAUUGGUGUGUGCAUCCCUUCAGUCAUGUACAAAAAAAACCUAUUUAAGAUCAGAUGGCCAUACACUU